ACACCACAUUGCAGAUCCAUCGGUUCGCUUCGAACGCCUUGCAUGUUCAGAUCGGCGCACAUCUCUAUCAAUAUAAAAUAAUCGAUUCCAGCCAGGCACUGCAUCAAAAACGAUUCCACAUCUCACAGUUAAGAAUUGUCUUAGGUCUUCAUACCCCAUUUUUGGACAAGUGAUGCCCUGCAAAAAUCAAGUUCUCCCCCAUGUCAUCGCAAUGUGAACGUGGUCCGCUUACUAUUUCUACUGUUGAUUACUGGAUACAACACAUCGUAUUUCCAUUACAAGUACUUGUUUUGGGAGUUGUAAUCUAUGAUAUUGUACGGAAAACUUUGUCUGCCCAGACAAGGAUAGUGGCCAGAGCAAAUCUGCUGGUUUUGACGAUUCUCAAUGUCCUCAUCUUCGGAACCAUGCUCCCGCAAUCGCUAGGAAGUUUUUCCUGGUUUUUCGAGGAAGAGGCUUUUAGGCGUUUCUAUCACCACUCAAAAAUCCCCGUUAACGCCCUAUCCAAUCUUCUUUCUGCUAUGGAAAUUUUCAUCGCUUUAGCAAUUUGCGUAGAAUGCUAUCUACGCUCGAAAUCGUCUUCGCUUGCUAAGUGUUUUGAGUUGAAUGGACGUUAUGUCAUCUUCCUCGUCAUUACUGUGGUUUCAUCGAUAGCACUGACAGCUUACCACUUCGUACUAUACGAACUCGAUACCGCCUACAAAUGUAAUGGGACCAAACUCGUCGUGAGAAUCAGGCUCAACACCAAUUCUCUCAGGCCAGCCGCUAUAAAAUUCUGCAAUCUCACACAAGCUAUCGUAGUUAUCGUCAUACCCUGCAUCGUUAUGAUUUUGGUAAAUCGUAAGCAUGCAAAUCUUCUGCGAAGGAAUGUGCUACUUGGAACUUUCAAUGAGUGCCGGGAAUUGUUCAGUGUCGAAGAUGCUGUAGAACAGAGAAAAAAGAAGAUUUUGACGUACCUCUGCGUACUCACCGUCUGCUUCGUGUUUUCUCAUUUGUUGUCAUUCCUACCAUUUCUCUACGACCUCAUCCCAUCGCUCUACGAUUGGGGAUUCGCACAUGUCAUCACCGUCAUGAACAGCGUGCUAAUCACUGGAAAGAUCGUCACAUUGGCCAGUUGCUCGAAAAUGUGCCAAGAACUGGGACAUGUUGGACUCGCCUCCUACUAAAAGCAAAAUAUAUGGCGAAUGUCAGCAAAGUAUUUUGCUAAAUCAUAUAAAGUGACAGAAGCGGGUCUACAUGUUUGAUCUCCGCUUUUUUUUUUCUUUACGAGAGAAU